AUGGCGAGGAUUCUAUGCGUUGCGGAGAAACCCUCGAUAGCCAAGGCCGUAGCCAACCAUCUCGGUGGUCAGGCUCGAGCAGAAAAUGUUCGCGGCAUACCGUGGGUCAAGAACUACAAAUUCGACUACGACUUUCAACGAUGGGGCCAGUCCUCGGUGACCUUUACUUGCGUAGCGGGUCAUAUCCAAGCGCAAGAUUUCCAUGAACGAUAUCGAAAGUGGCAUUCAUGUCCUCCAGCAGAUCUGUUCGAAGCGCCCAUUGUGACUCAGAUCGCAGAGGACAAGAAGGCCGUCGCAAGCAACAUUGAAGCUCAGGCCAGAUACAAUGACAUUCUUUUCAUCUGGACAGAUUGUGACCGAGAGGGGGAGCAUAUCGGAGGUGAAAUUCGAGACAUUGCACUGAAAGUCAAGCCCAAUAUGCAAGUGUGGCGGGCAAGAUUCAGCAACAUCGAGAGAGCGCACAUCAUCCAAGCCGCCCGAACUCCCAUUCAGCUGGAUGAGGCUCAAGCCAAUGCUGUUGCAGCACGCAUCGAGCUAGACCUCCGUCUGGGUGCUGCAUUCACCCGUAUGCAGACAUUGUCUUUACAGCAAAUGCUCCCUCAGCAAGGUGAACAGAAAAAGGUCAUCAGCUACGGGUCAUGCCAGUUCCCUACCCUUGGCUUUGUUGUUGACCGAUAUUUGCGCGUGCGGAACUUUGUCCCUGAACCUUUCUGGUAUAUAAGAGUCGGACACGAGAGGGACGGCAUCAAUGUCAAGUUCUCUUGGAGGAGGGGUCAUCUCUUUGACAGGAUGACCGUCAUUAUUAUAUACGAGAGAUGCUUGCUCGCAAAAUACGCGAAAGUCACCAAGAUGCAGAAGAAACCAACGAAGAAGUGGAAACCGCUACCUCUCACGACGGUUGAGUUACAAAAGAUGGGAAGCAGAUUCCUUCGGAUGACAUCUCAAGAGGUCAUGAAGGUCGCGGAGGAUUUGUACACCAAGGGGUGGAUCAGCUACCCGCGUACCGAAACGGACCAAUUCGACAGGGAUAUGGAUCUGCGAAGGAACAUUCAAAAACAGGAGCAGGAUAAUCGCUGGGGUGGCUUCGCUACAGGGCUGAUGAACGGUGGAUUCAAUCAACCUCGCAACGGCCGCAACAACGACAAAGCCCAUCCUCCAAUCCAUCCAGUAAAUUACGUGAACCCGAACCAACUCAACGACAACGAGAAGCGCGUAUACGAAUUCGUAGUCCGCCGCUUUCUCGCUUGCUGCUCCGAAGAUGCAGUGGGUGAAGCUACGGAUGUUGAAAUUGACUACGGAGGUGAAAUUUUCCACGUCCAUGGGCUGACUGUCAUUGAACGAAACUACCUUGAUGUGUACCCUUAUGACAAGUGGGAAAGCAGUCAGAAUCUGCCUCGCUAUGUCGUUGGGGAAACGUUCGAGCCGGACGAGGCAACCAUGCACGAUGGAAAGACAACAGCCCCGGGCUAUUUGACGGAACCCGAGCUCAUUGCUCUCAUGGAUGCCAACGGCAUUGGCACUGACGCGACAAUGGCCGAGCACAUUGCGAAGAUCAAGGAGCGCGAGUAUGUUAUCGCGCGUCCCAAAGGAGGAGGUGCAGGUGCAAGCAAUCACGGCGCUGCAGAGCGAGGCGGUGGUAGAGGGAGGGGUCGCGGUCGCGGCGGAAGAGGCGGCCGUGGAGGUGCAGCAGCUCAGAAUGGGGCAGGAGGUACGAGCGGAGUGCAGGAGUUCAUUCCGACAACGUUGGGAGUCGCACUCAUUGAGGGAUAUGAUAACGUGGGGUUCGAGACCAGCCUCAGCAAGCCGUUCCUACGCAAGGAGAUGGAGGCCCAGAUGAAAGCAAUUUGCGAGGGCCGCAGCACACGCAACGAUGUGGUGCAGCAGAAUCUGGAGCAGUACAGAGCCGUGUUCCUCCGCACACAGCAGCAGAUCAAUGUGCUCAAAGAUGCCAUACGGAAAUACGUUGGCGGCGCCAAUCAAGGUUGA